UAGGCAGACCUCCGGACGAGCGGGCCCCUCGGUUUUCUCCAUCGCGGUUGUUACUCGUUAGUGCGAGCUGCAGGCACUAAGGAAGGCAGAGUCGCGCAGUGAGUGCUUGGUUACUGGUUACUGGUUAGUGCCGUCGAAGGAACGCUAUGCUACGCGAGGAUAGCGCACGGACCUUGUUCUCGUACAAAGACUGACUAGUGUUAAUUAAUUUACGAAUAGAGGCGGAAGGAGAGGAGGUGAUUUUUUAGUAAAACGAACAGGGAGAGAAUCUGAAACGCGAGGACAGAUGAGGGAUAAAUUCUCACGACGACGAGAUUGUAAAAACCGCGAAUAUCGGUGUGAAUUGAUAACGAGUAACGUCGAUCGUACGUAAGUAGGAUCGUAAUAUCGAUUGAUCCUCGGAUCGCUGCAACGUCAGACGGAAUUACACCUUUUAUCCGUUCUUAUUAAUUCUCGUCGGUUUCGUACUGUGAAGUGAAUUAAAUCUCAACUUCGUUUCGAAAGGAAAAUAAAUAAGUAAACCUAAAAAUGCCUUGUUCCGCGGUGACUCUUUCUCUGGCUACCAUCACCGGUAUCAUCGCCACCGCUCUUCUGGCGAUCGCCUUUUCUACGGACAACUGGCUCUACACCGAGGUGAAGCGAGCCCAAAUACAGCAAUAUGCCGCGAAGAAUCGAGAGCAGAGUAUGCAGCUGGUUGACCAGAUGAACUCCAAGUUUUACUACUACACAAGGACUCAGGGACUCUUCAGGAUAUGUUAUCCGAAGGAGAGACCACCGACUGUCGAGACUUACCUCAGCCCGGUGGAAACUCACUGUAUGAAUAUCGACUACUUCAUCCCGGACGAGGAGAAUCAGACGAGGGGUUUCUCAGACGACGCUAUAGCUCGCCUUCAUAUGGGCAGAUCGGUGAUCGCCUUGUUCAUGGUUGGAUUUUUGGCAAUCUUUUCCGCAUUCUGGACCGGAGUUGUUGGCUGCUGGCGAAGGUCUCCAGGAAACAUAACAGCGACGGCUAUUCUGAUGCUCUUCGCCUGCCUCUUGAGCGCUGGUGGUAUGGGACUUUGGCACGGGGUCGAGUACUAUGAGAAGGAGAAGGUCGUCGGUGAGGAAUAUUAUCAGCAAUGGAGCAACGUAUUGAAGGACAACUCGAUAGUGUCGUACGAUUGGUCGUACGUCGUCGCUUGGGUCGGCGUCGGUUGGUCUCUGGUCAGCGCGAUCCUGUUUAGCGCAGCGGCCAUUUGCUUGCGGGGCGAACGCUUGCGAGAGGAGGCUAUGAACAUGCAGUACCUCAUGCCUGUUUAUCCGCAAAAGCAACAAUACGCAUACGCCGGUUAUCCCCCGCCUGCCGCCUAUCCAGGGCCGUAUUAUCACGGUUCCCAAUACGGCCCGUACAACUACUGAUCUCGUCGAGGAGUGAGAAGAGGGAAAGAAAGAGCGGAAAAUGGAAUUCGAGAAAAUGGUUGAAAAUUAAAUUAAAUUCUACAAGGAAUUUAACGGAGCGGCGAUAAAUUACCAAUUAGGCUAUUCAUUCGUAUGAAUUCUGGAAAUGGAAUUUGUAUUGCAAUAAUAUUAUUUGUUAUCUAUAUUUAGUUAUCAUACAUUAUAGUGUGUAUGUGCGAGUUACGCAGUGCUGCCGAGGUGUGCAUAUUAUAUGCAUAUAUAUAUAUGUAUAAUACCCGAACUAGGCCCAGUAUAGUUUAUUUAUAAACGAUUAUAAUUCGAUCACAGGUUAUUAUAUAAAUGUAAUUACUCUCUUUUUAUAUUAGAACGUGCGAGUUUUUCACGAUAGGAAAUUAUUACGCAAAUAGAUACGUUAGUUCGCCGUAAUCGAAUGGACUGAAUUGAAGUUAGAUGCCGCUCUCCGUUAUAACGGGCCUAAUUCUUUGGGUUUAUGGUUUUGUUUUAUUUUUUUUUUACCGUUCAUUUUUACUAUUUUUUUUUUAUUUUGUUUUUUUUUAUCAAUAUUAUGAUUUCUGAUUAUCAUAAUUUAUAUAUGUAUACAUAUAUAUAUAUAUAGAACGAAUGAUUAUAAAUACUUAUUAUUAUCAUAAACAUCGAACUAAUUAACCACGCGAAGGUUGCUCAAAUUCUGUAAUAAAUGGUAUCGAAGUAUAUGUAUAGUAAUAUACAACAUACUGUUUGGUAUUUUAUUCUUCAUAAUUGUAUGUUAUAAUCAAUGCUGCAUGCAGUGGUAAUGACAAUUUCCGAAAUAGAUUCAUUAUUUUAACGCAAACGUAUAAUAAUAAAAGCGAGUGUAAUCUUGGAAUAUAUACGUAGUAAUCUACGUCAUCUCCCCCCCCCCCCCCCCCCACCCCUUUUUACAUCACUACAGAGUUUUUUUUAUAUUUCAAAACUCUAUAACGAAUCAUGCCUGGUUCAUGACACUUUUGUAAAACGAUUUGUACUUAAUUAUAAUGAUUUUUAAAAUUAUUUGUAAUAUUGUUAUUGGAAAAAGUAAAGGAAACAAUGUGUAAAUUGUAAAUUUAUGACGAUUUAGUAAUAAUAAUAGUUAUACCAUCAUCGAUAUUAAUAAACUGGAAUAAAAUAAGUUUUUAUCAUCGUAUAACAUGUACGAUAAUUUACCUGCUGUUGCGCAUAAUUCAAAUUAGAUCGUCCUAUCAAUGAUUAAAAUAACUUUGCCGUGCUCUAUCUCGAAAGAAACUGA